GACAAAACUAGGAAUUGGUGAUCAGGUGAUACUUUUGAUAUUUGCAUAUAUUUGAUUUCAUUCAGAUUAUGGAAAAUGUAAAUAAAAAUCUAUUUAUUAUAGUAAUAUUUUAAUAAAAUUAGUAAUCUUGAAAAAUGGAGAAACGUAGCUAACUAUGGGAGAAAAAGCUGCCUAAAACGUCGGGUUGUUUCUGAGGUCAAUGCCUAAACAGCUAAACUCGAAAACCAAAUGACAACAAAAAAGCAUCAAAAAAAAAAGAAAAAAAAAAAGAGAGAAAAAUAAGAGAAAUCGAACCCCCAAAUAAGGAAUUCUGACAGAGUCGCCUGCUAGAUUUGUUUUCUUUCUCUCUCGUCAUCUCUCUUCCUCUCUGUAAUCCCAACCGGAGUUACGAUUCCUUCUUAUCGUAACUCCUGCUUCCGAUCUCGAUCCAAUUUUCACUUUUGUUUUGUCCGAACGGUAAAUCAUUUCGCGGCUUUUUUUUUUUAAGGUAAUUGAUCUCGAUCCUUGAAGAAAAUUCGUAAUUGUAUAUGCGCGACAAAUGUGUAUUGAUGCAUUCGUAUUGGUGUAUUGUUUAGGGAAGGAGGAAUAAGCAAAUUUUGAUUUGAUUCCGUUUUUUUGGGGGUGUUAGUGAUCUUUUAGAUGAAGUAAAGAAAUUUUGAUUAUUGAGGGGAUUAUGUGAGUUAUGGUAUCAUCGGCAACUAUAUUGCGGAUGGUAGCACCAUGUUGGAGGCGACCUUCUGUUAAAGGAGAUCAUUCUACUAGAGACGCUAAUGGUCGAUGUGAUGGUCUUCUUUGGUAUAAAGAUUCUGGUAACCAUGUUGCUGGAGAGUUCUCUAUGUCUGUUAUUCAAGCUAAUAAUCUUCUCGAAGAUCAUAGCAAGCUUGAGUCUGGACCUGUUAGUAUGUUUGAUUCUGGUCCUCAAGCUACUUUUGUUGGUGUUUAUGAUGGUCAUGGUGGUCCUGAAGCUGCCCGUUUCGUUAAUAAACACCUCUUCGACAACAUCAGGAAGUUUACAUCAGAGAAUCAUGGAAUGUCUGCCAAUGUUAUAACUAAAGCGUUUUUAGCUACGGAAGAAGAUUUUCUUUCUCUUGUCCGGCGGCAGUGGCAGAUUAAACCACAGAUUGCUUCUGUUGGAGCUUGUUGUCUGGUAGGGAUCAUAUGUAGUGGAUUGUUGUAUAUUGCAAACGCUGGAGAUUCUCGGGUUGUGCUAGGAAGACUGGAAAAAGCGUUUAAAAUUGUCAAGGCCGUUCAGUUAUCGUCUGAGCAUAAUGCAAGUCUUGAAUCUGUGAGAGAGGAGUUGCGCUCGUUGCAUCCAAAUGAUCCUCAGAUUGUGGUCUUGAAGCACAAAGUUUGGCGUGUCAAAGGUAUUAUACAGGUUUCACGGUCGAUUGGUGAUGCAUACUUAAAGAAAGCAGAAUUCAACCGGGAACCAUUGUUGGCAAAGUUCAGGGUCCCUGAGGUUUUCCAUAAGCCCAUCCUUAGAGCAGAGCCGGCAAUUACAGUACACAAAAUCCAUCCAGAAGAUCAGUUUCUUAUAUUUGCAUCAGACGGCUUGUGGGAGCACUUGUCCAAUCAAGAAGCUGUUGACAUUGUGAACACAUGCCCGCGCAAUGGGAUUGCAAGGAAGCUCAUAAAAACAGCUCUAAGAGAGGCAGCAAAGAAGAGAGAGAUGAGAUAUUCGGAUCUAAAAAAGAUCGAUAGAGGAGUGCGGAGACAUUUUCAUGAUGAUAUAACAGUCAUAGUUGUGUUUCUUGAUUCACAUCUCGUCAGUCGCAGUACCUCACGCCGACCUCUCCUCUCCAUCUCAGGUGGUGGUGAUUUAGCUGGACCUUCUACUUGACUCUACUCUCACCACAUCUAUAUAUAUCUUAUAUAUACAUUAUCCACUAUAUAUAAAAACACAUUGCAAAACGCAAUUCAAGUUCCUUCUUUUUUUUUUUCUCUAUAUAUAAAAAUUUCCUCUUAACUCUGUUUUUUAUUCAUCCCAAAAAAAAAUGAAGAGUUGAAAUCCAAUGUAUAGGUCUUUUGGCAAACUGAGUUUAUUAUGGAUAAUAUAAAGAGAUAUCACUUGUUGGAAAGA